AUACAUUCGUUAUAAACUGGCAGCACUGCAGUUGAUUUUGUCAGUAAAUGAAAAAGCAGCAGACAAAGAGCUUGUUUACUGCAUAACUUUCUGUGUAUCUAAACCGGAGGCUUUAGAUAAGAUCAUAUCGGAUUAUAUUUUAACUCUAUGAGAAUUGUUAUGUCCUAAUUAAUUUAAUUGAAUAGCUUUUUAUUAUCACCUUAUCUAUAACGGCGCAGGGGGAAAAUGGCGUCAAAACCGGAAGAUGAUACAUCAAUCGCAAACAACUCAUGCUUUUUCCAAAGACCAAAGUCAUUACCUCUUCCAAAAUCCGUCACAAGGAUUGUAAACAGAGAAUCCAUCACAAAGUGUUCAAAUGAAAAGAGACGUUCGCAAAGCUUAACUGAAUGCGACUACAUAAUCCCACCAAAAAAUGAAGAUACUGUCGUUAAAGAAAACGAAGUAGCUCAAUGUUCUUCAAAAGAAACUUUGCAAGCUCCUAUCUCAACAACAGGCGACUCAGAAGGGAGAUUAUCAGUAGUCAACAGUGAUGACGGAUUAAAAGAAUCAGAUUCAAAAACUUGUAACGACCAAGAGAAUGGAAAGACAUUUUUUUCUUCAACUGAAAACGUUGAUUCACUUCGCGAUGUGAUUAAAAAGAACAAGCAUAUCAUAGAGCCUUUUUUAGAGGAAUUGCAAAAUGAAGAAAGCUUAAAUCAAGAACGAAAUCAUGUCCAGUUUUAUUCAGGUCAUUCAACAACAAAUAUAAGUCCUGCAAGGAGUAGGCGUGAAAACUCCAAUUUAACACUCGAUCCUUCCAAGUUGGCAGGAAGUUUAAGGCAGAUAAACCCGACGAUUGAAGCAGGUAAUGGAGGUAUUAUCGAUUCUGAAGAUUCCAUUAACAGUGAUAUAGAAAAUUCACCUAGUUCUGGCUCAUUACCAUUCCCUACUGGUAAACAAAUUUAUAAGGCUUGUGAAGUUUGCUGCGAAUACGAUUUUAUUCACGAAAGAUUCUGUUGUCAGUCUGCGAUAUGCAACGCUUGCAUGGAAACGUACGUUGCAACGAAAGUCACAUUAGGUAUUGUUAGGAUAAUGUGUCCAUCUGGAAAAUGCGACAAUAAAUACGUUGUUAAAGACGAAAUAGCAUAUCGGCUACCAGUUGAGUUGAAAACAAAGUAUCACAAAUUCCUCGUCGACCAAAAUAGAAGCCCUUACGAAAAAACAUGUCCAAAUUGCAGUCUCAUAACAAACAUGGUAGAGCAUAGAGUAAAAUUCGCUCCCAAAAAAGGUUUGAACGUUGUGUGCCAGGAUUGUGAUUUCAAAUGGUGCUUUAUAUGUCAAGGACCUUCUCAUGAGCGUCUAACUUGUAAACAAACUGUUAAGGGUGAUACUCUAAUGAGAAAAUGGGCCAAGCAAGUUGGUUCUGCUCUUGUUGACCGGCCAAAUGCCGUUAAAUGCCCUAAAUGUAGAGCAUACAUUCAGAAGAGUUCCGGUUGCGAUCAUAUGCAAUGUAAUCGCUGUAAUACUGAUUUUUGCUACCGUUGCGGUGAACGACUGCUGUCUUUAAAAGGUUUCGGAGACCAUUAUUCAAAGUAUUCGAUACUUGGAUGUAAGUACAGGUACUAUCCAAAUAAACCUGGAAGGAGGCGUUUCGUACGUGGAUCAAUUUUAAGCUUAAAACUUUUGGCAGCUCCAAUUGCCGGAGCAGGGAUAGCUGUAUGUGCCGGUGUUGUAGCAGUUGGGGCCUUAAUAUUCUUCCUACCAUGUUGGAGUGUCCAUAAAUGUUGGAAGAAAACUCGCCGUUCAUAA